GGGAUGGCCCACGGGAGUUUCGUCCAGUGGACAUAAAUAUCUGGGCAAGAGUCGGCUCACCGCCAUUCUAGUCGGAAAACUCGUAAACGUCGAAAACGCUCGCCAACAGGUGAACAACGCAACAGCAAUGAAGAAAAUAUUACUAGCCAUAAUCUUGCUAGCAAUAUCAAUAGCAGUGUCUGAAAAUAUUCUGAUGGAAAAUCAUCCAAGAAUGAAGACAACAUGGCUUUGCGACAAGCAACUAUGGAAUAGAAAAGUAAAGCGAAUACCAUGGAAAGAUAUUUCUUCCAAAGUGGAGGAGUCUUUAAGUUAUGAUGACAGCAGACAAUUUCCUCGAAUUUCGGACACACGAUUUAUUAGUGAGUCAAGAAAGUUACCAAUGGCUGUCAUCAGGCAGCAUGAUUUGGCGCAAUUUUCACAGAGAGAUUUAUCUUCCAAUAAGCCAAAAGUUAACAGUGCUAAGCCGAGAGUUUUAAUCUCCAUCGGCAUACAAGAAGAUGAGAAUGCAAGCAAUCUACAAUCGGACAUACAAGAAGACUGUUCAAGAAAAAAUGGUAAUACGCACAAUCAAGGUUGGCAGAUUCAACAACCAUUCUACGUGGAGGAGCCAAGGUGGGUUGAUAUCGAUGUCGACUAUAUAGACUCUUCUCAUCACGCGGACAAUGGCGAUCCUUACAUAUUGACACGAGGAAAGAAAAUUUUCAGAAUUGAGGACCCAGAACAAUUGAGCAAAAUGAUCGAGGAUUACAAGGCAACUCUCGAAUAUCUAAACAAAGAGAAAGGACUGCCGAUAAAAAUUCGAGUAAGAAGAUCUGACGAACGAAGAAUCAUGACGAACGAAGGAUCUCAGAGUGAAGUCGAUGAAAAGGACAGUCAGAUAAAGGAAAGAAAUUACUAUAAUUUUCUUCAAGAUAUGGACAGAGUUAUAAAUAACACAUCAACUAUCGAAAUAAAAAAUAGAAGCAAAAAAAAUUCUGAAAUCAAUACUAUAUCGAAAGAUGGAACGACGAAAGAUACAAUCUUUAUUGAAAACUAUGGAAAAAAUGUAAAGAAUUUAGCAAAAAGAUUAUUACGUGGAUCCAAAUCUAUAAAUGAGAAUCAAAUCUCCGCAAACGAUAUAAUGACAGAUUUUGUUGAAGAAAAACAGGAAAUACAGCGCAAAGAUAUUUCCAAUGAUAUUGAAAAUGGCAGCAGCAAAAUUGCAAAAAUCGCUCAAGUUGAGAAAUUCAACAAUAACAAAAGUCAUUAUGUUAUUAAUAAAAGAAACAAAAGAUCAAUAUUAUCAAAGAAUCAAGAACUCUACGGCAUCUAUAAAGAUGAUGCAAAUUCUAAGACAGAUGUUGAAAAAAAUGAAACAUAUAAACAGAAUAUACCUGGUAUGAAAUUGGAAACCAAAGAGGAGACGAAGAAUGAAGAAGAUAAAUUUGAAAGUAAUAAAGAUCACAUAGGAGAUUCACAAUUAACAAGUGAAUCCAAUUCGAAAAACUCCGAAACAAAGAUCUCAAGAAAUCGAGAGAAACGAAAUGUUUGCAAAAACUGCAAGCUCGUUAAGUUACAGUAUCAACAAGACGAAUGGUUAAAAAAUAUUGAAAAGAAAAUUCGAGAAUCACUGUCUUUAGAGCGAAGAGAUAAGCACAGUGAUAUUUUAGAGCGCCUGAGCCAAAGUGAACCUUACAUUAUUUCCCGUGGUAAGAAAGCGCCGCAAGAUUUCGAAAAGGACAACUUCUCCCUGAUGUCGAAUUCACGAUAUGCGAACAAUGAUGAGAGUUACGCUAAAAUGAUGACUCUUCCGAUCGAGGAGGGUCUUCUGAGAAUGCUAUUAAUGAGGACGUCUAGAUGUAACAACAAUAACUGUGACAUUAUCGAGAACUGGUUGUCGGACGAACAACUGUCACCGAGAGAUCGACGCGGGACACUUGAUGAAAUCUUCGCAGCAUACGAUCCGUACUAUGUAGCCAGAGGAAAACGAACGAAUUGAAGUCAAAAGGACAAGAUCUCAUUCGAAACAGAUGUGAGGCAAUAGACCUUAUGGCACACGUAAGGUAUAAUUGCUGACUGAUGAGAAGAGCAGGAACAUUGUAGACAGGGUUGACAAAAUUCCACCUUUUUUUUAUAAAAUCUAUGCUAGUGGUAUCUUAAAAAAAACUGCAAAUUUAAUUUUUUAUAUUAAUAACGUUAAAUAGAAGCAAUGAGAGAGUCAAUUGAAAGCUUUUCCAAUUUUUUUUCUAUGUAUGAUACUAAAAUCCACAUUAGUGUACUUAACUUAUUUACAUUUAAAUUCAAUAAAUAAUUUUAUGCAUCACGAAUUCGAAAUAUAUACAAAAGAUGUAUGAAGAAGAUGACUUUUGAUUGUAAAUUAUGAAAAUGUAAUUUGUAAUGUACAUUAAAAAGGAGUUAAUUGAGAG